AUGACGAAACAUAGCAAGAACAACACGGCGUCGUCUAUUUUCUCGUACGCAGAGUAUAAGAAACUUGACUAUGGUACCCAACGGCAACGUCUAGGGCACGAGUCAAUGAGGCCGUUCGACGCAUGUUCCCUUUGUAUACAGAAGGCAAGGGAUCCUGUAGCGUGUAACAAGGGGCAUCUGUUUUGCAAAGAAUGCGUAUACACGGAUCUCGUCACACAGAUCGAAGACAUAAAACGCCAGAAGGUCAAGCUCGAAGUGUUGAAGCGGGAGGCUGAGGAAGAACGGCAGCGAGCGCGGGAAGCAGCGCGGGAACGUGUCUUGUUGGACUUCGAGAAGGGUCAGCUUGGUCUUGCUAGUCAGCCGACUAUCACAACAUCAGGUGCAGAAGCAAAAGAACCUCGUGGCACGAAGCGGAAAUUUGACUUCUCAUCGACCGCUGUUGAGACUCUAGCACGCGAGGCCGAGGAAGCGGCGCUCUGUCAAAUUGAACAAGAACAAGCGGAGGCGCUUAAGCACAAACUACCGGACUUCUGGCUGCCGUCUUUAACUCCGACAUACACGUCUAGCGGGACGCCGACCUCGCUCACUGAUGUGAAGAUUCAGACAACGUGUCAUGGAGGCAGUCCGGUUCAUCCGCUAACGCGGAAACACUUGAUCCCCGUGAAGUUUUCAUUUGAUACCAGUAGCUCGUCAGUGUCAUCACGGUCGGUUGAGUCAACGCCCGCAACUGAAGAUGGCUCUCCAAGAAAGCCGAAAGAGGAGGAAUCAAUACCAAUAUGUCCUUCCUGUAAGAAACAGCUGUCAAAUAGCACUCUCAUAAACCUCAUGAAGCCAUGUGGCCAUGUCGUCUGCAAGACGUGUACAGAUAAGCUUGUCAAGCCGGCUAAGCAAUGCAUUGAAUGCGACGUAAAGCUCGGUGAUAAGGACAUCAUCGAGUUGUCACGCGAAGGCACGGGGUACGCAGCGGGCGGGCUUGCGGAGACUUCAAAGAAGGGAGUCGCAUUCCAAGGAUAA